UUCAUAUCAAUCCUCCACCUACUCCCCUGGUCAGCUCAAAUUACAAUAAUCCUACUGAACAAAGCUCAAAAUUCACUGUACAAACUUAUAAUUCUCCAAAUCAUCAUCAUCAUACAGCGACAGCACAAUUCAAAGUGGAAACAUGUUGUCCUUGUCGAAUGUUGAAUACUGAUGGACAAUCUUUACAACAUCAGCAGCAGGAGCAACAACAGAGGUAUAAUAAUUCUCUUGAUACAACAACACAUACAUCGAAUAAAAUUCCGAUAACUAAUACAACUACAGGAGCAAGAAUAAAAAUAGCCGAU